AUGGCGCAGCCGCAGCCAAGAAGAGGAGGAGACGAAGGGCUCCAGGCGCAGGGGCAGGGCGGCAAGGCCCCGGCCCCGGCGCAGCUGGAGCCCAUCAAAUACGGCGACGCGUUCCCUGUGAAGGGCGAGCUGGCGGGGCAGCCCAUCGCGCCGCGCGACGCCGCGGCCAUGCGCUCCGCCGAGGACAGCGUGCCGGGCGUCCAGGUCCCGCAGGAGAGCGGCGGCGGGUUCAGCGCCGCGGCCUUCAUGGAGUCCGCCGCCGCGUACAACCAGGCCGUCGGCGCCGUCGGCCCGGGCCAGGCGAGUGACGCCGUUGCCAAGAACGGGGUCAACGUCACCCAGGACGCCGUGCCCGGUGGCCGCAUCGUCACCGAGUUCGUGGCAGGCCAGGUGGUAGGCCAGUACGCCGUCGCUGAAGCGCCGCCGCAGCAGCAUGAUGGGGCGGGUCACAAGGCCGCCGGAAACGAGGGUGGUGCAGGACACGGCGAUGGAGGAGCGCACGUUGGGCGCGCCGGUGCCACGGCGGCGAGGCGGGACUAA